ACCGCCCUACCCAUGAUUCUCCAUCGAACCGCUUUCCGCAUUGUUUGCUCUAUUUGCAUCCAAGCUAGUGGUUCGUCCUUACGAACUUGUGCUCAAAGGAAUUCUCUGUUUGCAUUAAAUAUUUCGGAGAAGAAAAUGGAGGCUCAGGCUUCAGACAACCAGCCGCCACCAAACAAUGGACAACCGAAUCAUAAGAGAAAUACCAGGAGAAAGCAGCCCCAGCAUUCUGCUGAUAUAGUGUUCACCAAAGGGGCAUCUCUUCAGACUAUGCCUUCUCUCAGCAAACUGUUGAAGCUGGUCACAGAGUGUAUCAUUGGUCUUCAGUAUGUGUGGGAGUACCGCAGCCCAAGUAAAUCUGUCCCACCACACUACCAGUGCAAACUUUGUGCUGUCUCCCGUUUGCAGCAUGAUAUGCUUGCCCACGUGAAGGGCUGGAAACAUUGUUUCAGAUAUUUGAAAAAGGUACACCCUGACAAGGUCACCCAUGAAGAGGAAGAGGCCUUAAAAGACCCUGCUGUAAGAAAGACAAUUAAAGAGGUUGCAGCUGAGGUGGAGAAGACAGAGGGGAGGGGACAACUCAAGGUGAUCCUGAAGGAGCCCUGUGAAGUACCUGCUUUUAAAGGACUCCGUUCUGCUGCUCCUAAAGCUAAACCUCUACCAGCACCAGGGAUGGGACCAACAGGACCACCUUUUGGUCCCAGGUUCUCUGACCCGAGGUUUCCAGGAGAGUUUCCUCCUCAUGGUGAUCCUCUUUCUGACUAUCCAGUGGGAGAGUUUGGGGGGCCUGGCUUUGGAGGUUACUCAACCAGGCAAGAUUUCCUUGAGCCUGGUAUGGGUCACCACCUAUCUGGAGAUAGUUUUGGACCAGGUGGUGGAAGAGAUGGCUUUGGAAGGAGUGGACUACUGGAGGAGAUACCGAACAGAAUGUAUCCUGAUGAGUACCGGGGUAGCCAGAUGGGCAGUAAUUUAAUGGACAGGCCAAUGGACAAGCCACCGGAGAGACCAGGCUUGAUGGGACCAGCCCCAGAAAGUAGCAGCCUUCCUAAUACACUUCUCACGUACUUGGAUACUUUCCGGAUAGAGAAUGAGAGUGAUGCUCAGCUUGUGCUGAAGGUGACACAAAAACUAACAGAUGUGUUGAUGGAGUACAGACUGAGGAGUGUAUCCACGGGUUCUAGUCUGAAUAGUUUAUCAGUGAGCUCCACAAGCUUCUCCUCUACAUCCUCCAGAUUUCCGAGCAGUAACACCCGAUACUCAAAUAGUCUCUCAGGUCCACCCAGAUACUCUGAUGGUCCAGCCAGGUAUUACAAAUGAUCAUUGCAAGAUGCGACACCUCGAUCUUCUGAUCCCCGUCUUGUGCACAUCAGUCACAUCUGUCCAGGAGCUUAAAACUUUGAUUUUGUGUACAUUUUUAGUUUUCUUUUUGUUGUUGCCAUCUGGUAGGCUUCUUUUUUAAAAAUCUUUUUGUCUCUUUAGAAGAUUAAGGACUUGGAAAGUUUUACAUAAAAUGGCAUGCUCGUCUUCUUAAGUGUAUGAAUACUGUUUAUUUUCCAUUAAAUGCAAUGGAGAAAACGACAUGAGUUUUGAAAUGUGAAAUCCACUCAUUCCAAAUGUGACUGCAAUUAAACUAUCUCCUUAAA